UUAGGUGCACCUUGUGUGCCUUAGUUUAUAUGUUAAGUGUUGUUCUUUUUUCAAAGAUAAUAGAGGGGACCAAGUUAUACAAUGCCAAUGAAAAUCAAUCUUUAAAAUGUUCUUAAAGUCUGUAAUCUAAAAUAGGUUUAGUAUGAAUAGAGAACUAUUCGUUGGUCAAUCAAAGUCAUCUGUGAAACCCAUCUCUGUAUCUAUAUCCCAUUCUGCUGACUAUGUGGCAAGGUCGCUGGGCUCUUUACCUGGGUUGGUCGACUUCCCAGGCAGUGUCAUAGACCCGAUUAUCCAAGAAGAUGGGACCACAUCACUGAAUACUGAACGCAUAAUUACAACAGAGCAAGUUGAAACUCAGAUCAGGUGCGCAAUCUUGGCUGUCGUCUGCUUCAUACCGCUGGGUUAUGUAGCCCUUCACCAGGCUCGCAAGGCUCGCAGAGCGCUCCUCAGCGGCAAGUCUACGGAUGCUGAGUACUACAUCCAGUCCUCCUCUGAGCUCACUGCCCUCAGCAUCUGCAUAGGGGUGGUCAUUGUGGUCAUGGGCAUCUUCUUGCUCUACUGGAAUCUGAGAAGGCCGGCUGAGAUUGCAAUGCCUGCAAUGCAGAACACAACAGCGCAUUAAUCGACUGUCUCCUGUUGACAAAGUCACAGAUUGUCAUGUUGUAUAUAUACAGAAAAUAUAAAGAAAUAACACUCA